AAGUUUAGAGCCCGUCACUGAACUCUGAAAGCCUGAAAACUGGGCGCAGAGGAGAGAGAAAUUGGAGCAAUGGCGAGUGUUUGUGGAAGAGCAAGACAAGCCCUACAGUCUUCUUCUGUCUCAGCUACACGAAACGCCCUUUCCAAACUUUGCGGUUCCAAUUCUUCUUCUUUUUCUGGAGCUUCUAAAUUUCCUGGCUUUACUUCCUCUUCUAACCCCCGUUCUUUCCAGAAGCUUUUCACUUCUUCUAGGAUUCCGGUGGAGUUGGGUUGUGCCGUAUCAUUGAUGCCUUUGCAUAGUGCUACUGCUUCUGCCUUGUUCAAUUCCUUGCUAUCACUACAUGCACAGAGCUGGGGUUGUCUUUCUGAAGGAUUUGCUACUCCUCUAUAGCAAGGCCUUCAAUUUGAAUCCAGUAGCGGACAUGGUGGAUGUAUGAAUUGGCGUCUUUUUAGUUAGACCACACUUUUGGAUGACAAAGCGAGAAGGUUAAUCAUAUAUUUUUGAGAUUUUGAACUUUUAAUACAAUCUGAACCUGUUGUUUGCCAGCAGGCUGCUUGUUAGCACUGAAUUUUGGAGAAAGAAUUCAAUCAUGUAAAGAUUUGGUUUUCACAUUCUCAAAUUUCUCAAAAUAAUUUCAAUAAAAAAACUAAAAACAUAAUCUGUAAUC